GUGCUACCAGUACUUCAACGUUCCUUGUUCUAUGACGAAAAGUCCGGAGAACAUAACUAUGGCACCAAUGUCCGUGAUUCUGCUUGCUACGUUGCCUGGGCUUUUGCACGUGCAUUUCAUCGGAGUGACUUGGCUCCAUAUGUUAGCUCGGUCUCUUCGUCUCUCCUUUUGGUUGCAUUGUUUGAUCGUGAGGUCAAUGUCCGACGAGCCGCGGCUGCUGCGUUUCAGGAGAAUGUUGGGAGACAAAUUUGA